CGGCGCCAGGUUGGGUUGCAGAGCAGUGCGGUAGAGGAGGGGGUCGUGUGUGAGGAAGAACAUGGAAGUUGUGCGGAGUUAGUAGCGGUUCCGCAGCGGCUCUCUUGUUGUGUAGUUUGGUGCGGACUGUGUGAACGGAUAUCUACAACAUGGAGCAUCCGGCGCCCAAGAGCAAACUUAAAAAGCUGAGUGAAGACAGCUUGACUAAACAGCCAGAAGAGGUCUUUGAUGUUCUCGAAAAGCUUGGCGAAGGGUCCUAUGGCAGUGUAUUUAAAGCCAUUCACAAAGAGUCAGGGCAAGUUGUUGCAAUCAAACAAGUUCCUGUGGAGUCAGAUCUUCAAGAAAUCAUUAAGGAAAUCUCUAUCAUGCAGCAAUGUGACAGCCAUUAUGUUGUGAAGUAUUAUGGCAGCUACUUUAAAAACACAGACUUAUGGAUAGUAAUGGAGUACUGUGGAGCUGGCUCCGUCUCCGACAUAAUCAGAUUACGAAAUAAAACCUUAACAGAGGAUGAAAUUGCCACUAUUCUUAAAUCCACACUAAAAGGCCUCGAAUACUUACACUUCAUGAGGAAGAUCCACAGAGAUAUAAAAGCCGGCAACAUCCUCCUCAACACGGAAGGUCACGCUAAACUGGCAGAUUUCGGAGUUGCAGGCCAGCUGACUGAUACAAUGGCGAAACGUAACACAGUAAUUGGGACCCCGUUCUGGAUGGCUCCUGAAGUGAUACAAGAAAUUGGGUAUAACUGUGUAGCGGAUAUAUGGUCUUUGGGAAUUACUUCAAUAGAAAUGGCAGAAGGGAAGCCCCCUUAUGCAGAUAUUCAUCCAAUGAGGGCUAUCUUCAUGAUUCCCACAAAUCCUCCACCUACCUUCAGAAAACCUGAGCUGUGGUCAGAUGAAUUUACUGAUUUUGUGAAGAAAUGUCUGGUGAAAAACCCGGAGCAAAGAGCGACUGCUACACAGCUUCUGCAGCACACGUUUAUCAAGAAUGCGAAAGCAGUGUCCAUUCUCCGAGACCUCAUCACAGAAGCUAUGGACAUCAAAGCAAAAAGACAUGAGGAACAGCAGAGAGAACUGGAAGAGGAGGACGAAAACUCAGAGGAAGAUGAGCUGGACUCCCACACGAUGGUCAAGACCAGCUCGGAGAGCGCCGGGACCAUGAGGGCGGCCAGCACCAUGAGCGAAAGUGCUCAGACCAUGAUCGAGCAUAGUAGUACCAUGUUGGAAUCUGAUCUGGGCACCAUGGUGAUAAACAGCGACGAGGAAGAGGAGGAGGAAGAAGAUGGCACCAUGAAAAGAAAUGCAACAUCUCCCCAAGCACCGCGGCCUUCCUUCAUGGAUUACUUUGAUAAGCAAGACUCUAAAAACAAACCUCACGAGAACCACAACCAGAAUGUCCAUGAUCAGUACCACAUAUCCAAGAAUGUAUUCCCCGACAACUGGAAGGUUCCUCCUGAUGGCGAUUUCGACUUUCUGAAGAAUUUAAGCUUUGAGGAGCUGCAGAUGAGGCUAAAAGCUCUGGACCCCAUGAUGGAGCGCGAAAUAGAAGAAUUGCGGCAGAGGUACACGGCAAAGAGGCAGCCCAUUCUUGAUGCAAUGGACGCCAAGAAGCGGAGGCAACAGAACUUCUGAUAAGGGUCUCAUCUCUUAGUCACAUAUGGACAUAAGCAAUUCGUAGGAACUCCAGAAGUAAAACCUGUGGUCACAUCACACAAAUGCUUUCCUCAGCGAAGCAAUGGUUGAGUAAACUUGUGUGUAUAUUUCUCCAUCUUUGCAGAGAACUUUGAAUGUUUUCCCUCCUCUUUCUCGAUAACUGUGUGCGAAGGGUCUAAGAAUUAUGUCUUUAGGUCCUACAGACGACUUCUUUCCCCAUCUUCCCUUGGCUUUCGCUCCAUUGCUUUGGCCACGGACUUGUUUUUCCUGAUUCUUUUAACUAACGUUAUACGCCCUAGGCUUUGCAUGUCGUAUUGUAGAGGAGGGGGAAGACAUUUCCAUGAACUCACCUGGAGAAGCAGCCAGCAUAGUUUUUUAAUAUUCUUUCAUAUCAGAGUUUUCAGGGACUUGUGUUCGCACCUUGGUAAAUAUUAAUUUGCUUUAAAGUUACAACAUAUCUAUUUAUUUCUGUGUUUUACAUUUGAGUGUGACGGAAAUUAGUGACCAAAUGUGUUCUGUACUUUUUUGUUUCCGUUUUUUUUUUCUUUUCUUUUUUAUCAUCGUGAUUUGAAAAUCCGGGCAUAACGUAUGUUAGUCUGCUCACUCAGUCUUGUUGCUAAAGCUUCGCAGUCUGGACACUUUGAUGGAGGGGGUAUUGUAUUAGUGUUACCUUUCUGGAGAAAUGUAAGAAGCCUUCCACAGGCAAUAUCAUAGUAUCAAAUCAUAGUUUUUAACAGAAA